UGUCGCCACCCCUCCUCCUCCCCGUCCCCCUUUUCACUGUAGGCUGGCAACUGUCCUAACUGCCUACUGAAGCCAAAUGCUUGAGGAGAAAGAGUAAGGAGCCAGCCAUGAAUCCUUUCCAGAAAAAUGAGUCCAAGCAGACUCUUUUUUCACCUGUUUCUACUGAAGAGGUGCCGCCUAGAGCUCCCAGCCCGCCCAAGCAGUCACCUCCGAAAAUCUGUGGCUCCAGCUAUCCCCUGAGCAUCGCCUUCAUUGUGGUGAAUGAAUUCUGUGAGCGUUUUUCCUAUUAUGGCAUGAAAGCUGUGCUGACCCUGUAUUUCCUGUAUUUCCUGCACUGGAAUGAAGAUACUUCUACAUCUGUAUACCAUGCAUUCAACAGUCUCUGUUAUUUCACGCCUAUCCUGGGAGCAGCUAUUGCGGACUCGUGGUUGGGAAAAUUCAAGACAAUCAUCUAUCUCUCCCUGGUGUAUGUGCUGGGCCACGUGCUAAAGUCCUUGGGUGCGAUUCCAGUACUGGGAGGCAAAAUGGCGCACACAAUCCUGUCAUUGAUUGGCUUGAGUCUAAUAGCUCUGGGGACAGGAGGUAUCAAACCCUGUGUGGCAGCUUUUGGUGGAGAUCAGUUUGAAGAAAAACAUGCAGAGGAACGAACUAGAUACUUCUCAGUCUUCUACCUCUCCAUCAAUGCAGGAAGUUUGAUUUCUACAUUUAUCACACCCAUGCUGAGAGGGGAUGUGCAAUGUUUUGGGGAAGACUGCUACGCAUUGGCUUUUGGAGUUCCAGGACUGCUCAUGGUAAUAGCCCUUGUUGUGUUUGCGAUGGGAAGCAAAAUGUACAAGAAACCACCUCCUGAAGGGAACAUAGUGGUUCAAGUUAUCAAAUGCAUUGGGUUUGCUAUUUCCAACCGCUUCAAGAACCGCUCUCGGAACAUUCCAAGGCGCCAGCACUGGCUGGACUGGGCAGCGGAGAAAUACCCAACGCAGCUCAUUAUGGAUGUGAAGGCACUGACCAGGAUACUGUUCCUAUAUACCCCGUUGCCCAUGUUCUGGGCUCUUUUGGAUCAGCAGGGCUCACGAUGGACCCUACAAGCCACUAAGAUGGAUGGGGAUUUGGGUUUUUUUGUGCUCCAGCCGGACCAAAUGCAGGUGCUAAAUCCUUUUCUGGUUCUUGUCUUCAUCCCAUUGUUUGACCUUGUCAUUUAUCGACUGAUUGCCAAAUGUGGAAUCAACUUCUCAUCACUUAGGAAAAUGGCUGUUGGUAUGAUUCUAGCAUGCCUGGCAUUUGCAGUUGCAGCUAUUGUGGAGAUAAAAAUAAACGCAAUGGCUCCACCUCAGCCAGGGUCCCAAGAAGUUUUCCUACAGGUCUUAAACUUGGCAGAUGAUGAGGUGCAAGUGUCAGUGCUGGGGAAUGGAAAUACUUCUCUACUGGCAGAGUCCAUCAAAUCUUUUCAGAAACCAACACACUAUUUCAAACUGCACCUGAACUCAAAAAGCCAAGAUUUCCACUUCCAUCUGAAAUACCACAAUCAGUCUGCCCACGCUGAACAUUCUGUAGUAGAGAAUAACUGGUACACUGUGAUCCUUCAUGAAGAUGGGAAAAAUAUUUCCAGCAUGAUGGUACAGGAUGCAGAAAACAGAACAACCAAUGGGAUGACAGCUGUCAGGUUUAUUAAUACUUUGCACAAAGAUGUGAUCAUCUCCCUGGGUACAGAUGGCCCGCUCACUGUUCGUAAAGACAGUGGUGUGUCUGCUUACAGAACCAUCCCAAGAGGAGAAUAUCCUGCGGUGCCUUGUAAAACAGAAGACAAGGACUUUUCUCUGAAUCUGGGUCUAUUAGACUUUGGUGCAUCCUAUCUGCUUGUUAUUACUAAUGUCACUGACAAAGGCCUGCAGGCUUGGAAGAUAGAAAACAUUCUUACCAACCCAAUGUCCAUUGCAUGGCAGCUACCACAGUAUGCCCUAGUCACAGCUGCAGAAGUCAUGUUCUCUGUCACAGGACUUGAGUUUUCUUAUUCUCAGGCUCCAUCUAGCAUGAAAUCUGUACUCCAGGCAGCCUGGUUGUUGACAGUUGCAUUUGGGAAUAUCAUCGUGCUUAUUGUCGCGCAGUUCAGUGGCCUGGUGCAGUGGGCUGAAUUCACUUUGUUUUCCUGCCUUCUGCUGUUGGUCUGCCUAAUCUUCUCCAUCAUGAGCUACUACUAUGUUCCUGUAAAUUCAGCGGAGAUUCAUGUGCCAGCAAAUAAGCAUCAUCUUCAUAUGCAAGGGAACAUGGUCAACCUAGAGACCAAGAAUACAAAGCUCUGAUGAUCCCCAGCACUGAUCCUAAUUCCUGGCCAUGGUCUUGGUCAUCCCUCAUCAGCAAGCAUUUGUUUCUCCAAAAUGGGUUAGUAGAGACACAUAGCAUCAUAUCUGAGCUGAUCUCAUCCACCUCUCUUAUAGGAGAGAGCUAUUUUAGGAAUGGAGUUUGCAGUUCAUCUUUAAACAAGGCGCCUAUACUCUAAGUCUUCCUGUUUAUUCGCAAACUCAUUAAAUCCUUUAUAGUGUAGUUCAAGCUGGCCUGGUGUCUCAAAUGGCCACAAAAAUUCAGAUGUGUAGUUAAGAUUAAUCUUGGUGGGUAUGCAGAGUUAUGUGUGAUUCCUUCAUAGGUCCCUGCCAUUUAGAACUGAUGAACCCACCUUUUGGGAUGUUGUUUUAGGGGCAAAAGUGGAAAAUAAAAACAUGGUAUUUCAAGUUGCUUUAUCAGCACUGUAGUUGUGCCAUUGACAAGAACCUCAAAGAUGGUGUAUGGUAGAUAGAUCUGGUUUGGGAGCUGGCUUCUCAGCUCUCUGUGUUUGAUAAGGUCUUUUAUGGCAGAAGGAAAAAUGCUAUUUUAUGAACAUGUUAUAUAAUACACAUCUACAAAUGCAUCUGAUUGCCAUAGUAUUAUAUAUACUUACUGAAACACUCCUUUCUAAGUACUAAUAGAUCUAAGAAACCAUACUGAAAAUAAUACGUAUGAGUAAAUAUAGUCUGGGAAAACAAGACUUUGUUUUCACACUUUUUAUUCCAUAAAUUGUAGAAAUCCUGGUCAGUCACUCACUCUUCUGUGGUGAACAUUCCUUCCAGGAUUAUAAUGUUUUAGCCACAGACUAUUCCUUUCAAUAAAUAAUUGUAUGGCGAGUAACAUAAUUUUGCAACCUAAUCUUAUUUCCAGGACUGCUUUUACUGAUUAUAUCUUGUCUUGCUUAUUGAAACAAAUUGUCACCAGCAUUGUUUUUAUAAAUGCAACCUUCCUUUUUUAAGUUUUUGUACCUAGCCUCAAAGUUGUAGCUUUAUUUUGAAGUUUUUACUGGUUUACUUUUCCCAUAAUUUUGAAAUAUCAUUCCUUCCUUUAGUCUUGAAAAUUUUUUGACUGCUUAAAAAACGCUAAUAUUAAUGCCUGAGUUUGAAGUUCUAAGUGGUGAUACCGAAUGAAAGGGUGUAGUCUUGCAUGAAGAUUUUAUCAAACUGUGUGUCAAAAUCUGUGAAUAGCGCACAGAAAGGUUUUGCUUGUGUAUAUGAAUGAAAAAAUGAGAAACCUUACCUUGCGUAUAGUGAAUGAAUCAAGCACACAUGUGGGGAAUAUUAUGACCGUGUACUGUCUCACCAAAAGAAAAUGUUGAAAAUCUCUGUACUAGAAAGUUUGUUUUCAUGCUUUUUAUUCCAGUCCCAUCAAAAGCUGGGUUAGUCUCACAGCAUUAAUAAUGUAACAGGUAAGAAAAUUUGAUUCUUGAUUCCUAUAAGUGCUCACAAGGCACAGCUCUAUCCUUUCACCCUACUGGUUUCUUUGUUCCACGUAACUAUUCUUUACCCAAAAUGCAGCAAUUAAGAGUGAGGUAUCUUAAUAUGAGAUACCUGGAACCAAAUGCAAAAUUCUAGAAGCUGUCUGACUGGAAGAGUAGGCAUCUGCUAUUUAUUUCCCCAAGCUUUAUAUCAUUCCAUUUUAAUGAUCAAGAUUUCAGAAGAACAAAAGUACCAAUGACAGCAUCCAGUUUUUCCAGGCAUCUUGAUAUGAACUUGUCUCUACUUCUUUAGAAGACAAUUUGUUCAUUUUUAACCCUCUUAACCCAAACUCUUUCAUAAUUUUGUUUCAAGAGACAUUAAUACUGUUAUAUGAAUAAAACUGAUGAACAAAUAAAAGUGGCAUUGAACAAA